AUGGCAUUGGAGGACAUAGACCUCUUGUCCACGGCAGUGAAGUGCUGGGUGGUGUCCACGGAGGUGUCCACGGAAGUGUCCUUCGUGGCUCUGUGCCUCGUGGCAGCAGUUGCUGGACACAGCAGGUACGGCAUUGGCGGAUACGGCGGUGGGGUGCUCGGUGGUGUCCACGGAGGUGUCCUUGGUGGUGUUCACGGCGGUGCCAUCGGAGGUGUCCAUGGAGGUGGCGUCCAUGGCCUAGGACUCGUAGGCUCUGGCAUCCACGGCGCUGGAUCCUUCAACACCGCUCAUUACCCUGGCCCUUUGCCUGGUUACAGCUUCUGCGAUCAAAGACCCGUGCUCGGAUACAACAGCUGCAAGUACUGGAGUCAUUACACCAGCAUGUACUACUACUAUCAACCUUACGAAAGAUAG